CUUGCCAUAGUCUGUCAAUUGAAAAUAAGGCGAGUGUCCUCUUGUUCUCAGUAUAAAGGUCAGUAGUAGCUGUUGGUCUCUCUAACAGCAGGAAUCAUGAAGAGAACUGUGGUGCUGAAACUCCUGUGUGGGCUCCUGCUGGCCUUCACAACUGCCCUUCCAAACUCGGACGACUGGGACAUCUACAGUUUCCACAUCAACUCCACCGUCGCCAGCCGUUACGCCACCACCACCAUCAACAGUCGAGUGGUCAACCGCGUGGACGAGGCCAAGGAAAUUGAAUUCCAUGUCCAGAUUCCAAAGAACGCCUUCAUCAGUAACUUCAGGAUGUUCAUCGACGGACAAGCGUAUGACGGCGAAGUGAAAGCUAAAGAGGAAGCUCAGAAGCAGUACACAGAGGCCGUGUCCAGAGGUCAAAGUGCUGGAAUUGUCAGUUCAGUGGGAAGAACCAUGGAGGAAUUCAAGACUUCAGUGACUGUAGGCGCCUUGAAAAAAGUCACAUUUGAGCUCACGUACGAGGAGCUGCUCACACGUCGACUCGGCAAGUACGAGCUCCAGAUCCAUGCUCGGCCCAUGCAGCCUGUGAAAGACUUCAAGGUGGACGUCCACAUUCGUGAGCAAGCUGGCAUCAAUUUUGUUGACGUCAAAGGAGGCCUGAACACAAACGCGCUGGCCAAUGCUGUCACCAAGACACACGCUGGCCAAGAGGCGUGGGUUCAUUUCUACCCAACAGAAGACCAACAGAAGACGUGUGACGGUUGUGGUGAACAGGGGCUGAACGGAGACCUGGUCGUCGUGUACGACGUCAACAGGGAAAACACACUGGGUGAUAUUGAGACGUCACCGGAUUAUUUCGUCCACCACUUUGCUCCGGCUGGUCUUCCCCGCAUCUCAAAGAACGUCGUCUUUCUCAUUGACCAAAGCGGCUCCAUGCAUGGCCGGAAAAUGGAGCAGACACGACUAGCACUGAUCCACAUCCUGGGCGACCUGGCACAAGACGACUUCUUUGGUUUAAUCACAUUCGACGGGGAAAUCUCUCAUUGGAAGAGAGAACUGCUUCAGGCGACGAGUGAAAAUGUUGAAAGUGCCAAGAGUUUUGCUCGUAACAUUGAGGAUCAAGGAGCCACAAAUAUCAACGGUGCCGUGCUGGCGGGGGCUCGCUUACUCAAUGAUCACCCGAGGGAAGGCUCAGCAUCUCUCCUCAUUCUUCUCACCGAUGGAGACCCGACUGCAGGGGUCAUAAAUCUUGAGGUCAUACAGUCAAAUGUGCGGAAAGCGAUUGCUGGCAAGUUCCCUCUUUACUGUCUCGGUUUUGGAUCUGAUGUGAACUUUGACUUCCUGGAGAAGAUGUCGCUGCAGAAUAAAGGUGUCGCUCGACGCAUUUACGAAGCUUCUGAUGCUGACUCACAGCUGAAGGGUUUCUACGAAGAGGUGGCCACUCCUCUGCUCACAGACGUCACCAUGGUCUACAUCGGGGGCACCAACGUGACCCAAACUACCUUCAGUCACUACUACAAUGGCUCAGAGAUUGUUGUAGCAGGUCAAAUCACAGGCAAUGGAAGCUUCACUCCUUAUGUGGAGGCCAUUUCGGUUAACUUGCCGAUCAAAUUUGGAGAGAUCAGCAACACAAUCCACACCAGUGAUGACAGCUCUGACAGCAGACUCCAGAGGGUUUGGGCCUACCUCACUGUCAAGCAGUUGCUGGAGAAAGAACUGCUGUUGUCCGGAGCAGAGAAGGAGGAGCUGAAAGAGCAAAUCUUGGAACUUUCCCUAAAGCACAAGUUUGUGACCCCACUCACAUCCAUGGUGGUCACUAAGCCACCGGGGGAGGACGCGGAUGUGCUCAACAAACCCAGAGAGGGCAAGACUGCCAGAAAAACAACCAGAGUAAUAAGCUCUGGGCUGGGAAUCAGUCCACGCACAGGUUACGGAUUUAUAUCACAACCACUAGGAGAGGCAAAACUUUUUCAACGUAGCCGCUACGGUAUUCUUCUAGUUGCUCCUGUGUUGGAUUGGCGACAACACCACCGCCUCCGCCAAGGUGGAGUCCGUGUUGCUGCGACCAAGCGGCCUCCACUCACCACCACCACUCCUGAUCCACUCACUCACAGGUUUUUGCUGAGAGCAGAGAAUCAGUCUCUUCCACUCUGUUUUGACGUCAGUGGGUCCUUCCACCUCAAACUUCUUCACCAUCACAGCGCCAAUCUCUUUGUGGAUGGCGAACUUGACAAGGUGAAAUUGGGUGGAUUUACACGGAUCGUUGUCCACCUCAGAACAGACCACUACAUUGACAUUGACUUCAAUGGCAUGUCUGUGAGAGAAGACCAUACGGUGACACCCAAAACAGAGGACCACUUCACAACUGGAAGGGCAACAGUGAUCACCAGAGACAAGGAGAUUGACAUCACAGCCGGUGACACUCGCCUGCUCAUUUAUCGUCACGAGAAAGAUGGAAAGAACUUCCUCUGGCCGGUUUUGAGACAGACACCAUCCGGGGAUGACAUCUUUGGAAUUUUAGUUCACAAGGCUCCAAUUUAUGAAGAAAUAAGCGCCACAUCCAAACUCAAGAUCGGACAUCAAGAAGUUGAUGUCACCAGAUCUAGUGUGAUGGACUACAGCGUGCCUUCCUCACCCACUGUGGACUGCCUGCUUACAUCACCUGAUAUUGCUCUGCAGAAAUCUCUGGGAGAAUUUAUCAUCUGAACGUGGCUGAAUCGUUUCAAAUAAAAGAUCUGGAGAUAAA